UCUAUACAAAACAUCGAUAUUGUGAUUAUCGCCAGAAAAGGGGAUAUUGUGAUUAUAAUUGUGAUUAAUAUAUUAUUGUAAUAUUAUUGUUUAAAUUAAAUUGUUUCAUUAUUCAAUCAACUCCUAAAUAGAACUAACAAGCUAUGCAAGACUUCACAAGUAUUUUAAAUAUUAUAUUCAUAAUCAGUGGAGGUGUGUUAACUUUCGUGAUCCUGUUCAUUUUCGCUAAAAGACAAAUAACAAGAUUCGCCCUUCGAUCCAGGCGAGGUCCUCAUAUACCCAUUGGCGCAGCAGCGAAAAAGUGCUUAAAGAAAGAAAUAGAGCGUCGUAUAGAAGCAGUGCCGCGGAUCGUACAUGAGCCACGCUUGCUAUGUGCAGAACCCUCACACUACAUACUUGAGCCACAGCAGCCUUAUCACUAUAGAUUCCGAGCUGUUGAUGAUGUCAAGACAUUGGAAGAUGAAAUAGCUCGUCAAGAUCCUGUCCUGAAACGUCAUUCGCGCGAGUCUCUCCGAGCGUUUCUCCUGUCGUCCCUUGCGGCUCCACUAGACGGCCGGGGGCAGAAGUUGGUUCACCAGUUUUGUGACGCAUACGAGUCGGCGAGGCACCAUCCCGCCGAGUUCGGGGAAGACGAGUACAGGUCGUACAGUCGGUUGCUACUGAAACUCCUGGACGCCGCGCGGCUGCUGAAGAGCGUGUCGUGCGCGCCGCGCCGCCCCGCGCGCCCGCGCGCCGCGCCGCGCGCCGCGCUCGAGAACAUGCCGGUGGAAGCGAAACUUGAGGAGGAGGUGCUCCGGGUGCCGGUGAGGAGCCCUACCGAGCCGCUGGUGAAGGCGCCGGCCGACGAGACCGCGCUCUGAGCCCGGCGCGCGCGGCACGACGCGCAGACACUGUAGACACGCGGGCACAGGGGGUUCCCGUGGCCUGCGUGACGUCAGGCUCUGGCAUUUGGCUGUACCAGGGACGAGCGCAGAGUGCGAAGGAAAUCUGGUGGGCGUGACUCAUCCCAGAUUUUUUAAUGACCGAUUCCUUCUAAUCCAAAUCUAAUUAAUUUUUACCCCAUUUCUUAAUACCGAACUUUCUACCGAGUUUUCUAAUUGAAUGCAACAUUUACAUAUGUAACGCUUCAAAAUGAAACGAUUUUUUUAUAUUCAAGGAGGCAAAGCUGUAUUUAUGAUUGAUGAAGUGAAUUAUAUGAAACAAUAACCCCCUCCUCCCUUCCUUAAAGCAUUUCUACGCUCGUGGUGACAGUGAUUGCAACUGACGUUAGGUUUAAUAAACAUGUAAAAAAGUGCCAGUGAGUGAGUGUAUUUACUGUGUAUGAAGAAUUAAUAAUUGUAUAAUAUUAUAUAUAUUAUAUAUACUUAUAUAAUACUUAUAUACGAUAUAUAUA